CCUCAAACAACUUCCUGGACGGGGAUCCCUGCUAAAUAUAGCUGUUUCUCUCUCUGUCUUACAACACAGGCUCCAGUAUAUAAAUCAGGCAAAUUCCCCGUUGAGCAUGAACCUCUGAAAACUGCCGGCAUCUAAGGUCUCCUCCAAGGCCCUCUGGAGUCCAGCCCAUAAUGAAGGUCUUGGCGGCAGGAGUUGUGCCCCUGCUGCUGGUUCUGCACUGGAAACACGGGGCGGGGAGCCCCCUUCCCAUCACCCCUGUCAACGCCACCUGCGCCACACGUCACCCAUGUCACAGCAACCUCAUGCACCAGAUCAGGAACCAGCUGGCGCAGCUCAAUGGCAGUGCCAACGCUCUCUUUAUUCUCUAUUACACAGCCCAGGGGGAGCCGUUCCCCAACAACCUGGACAAGCUGUGUGGCCCCAAUGUGACGGACUUCCCGCCAUUCCACGCCAACGGCACGGAGAAGACGCGGCUAGUGGAGCUGUACCGCAUCAUCGCGUACCUCGGCGCCUCCCUGGGCAACAUCACCCGGGACCAGAAGGUCCUCAAUCCCAAUGCCCUCAGCCUCCACAGCAAGCUGAACGCCACUGCGGACAUCAUGCGGGGCCUCCUCAGCAACGUGCUCUGCCGCCUGUGUAACAAGUACCACGUGGCCCACGUGGAUGUGGCCUACGGCCCCGACACCUCGGGCAAGGAUGUUUUCCAGAAGAAGAAGUUGGGCUGUCAGCUCCUGGGGAAGUAUAAGCAGGUCAUCGCUGUGGUGGCCCAGGCCUUCUAG